AUGAACUCGACACAUUAUACUUAUUUCACACUUGCUGCUUACUUUGACAUCGGGCUGUUGAAAUAUCUGUUUUUCGUAAUUGUGAUGAUCUUUUAUGCUCUGACUGUCGCUGCUAAUGUUCUGCUGAUUGUGGUUAUCUGUGUGAACAGAAGCUUACAUGAACCCAUGUCCCUGUUCAUGUGCAGUCUGUUUAUUAGUGAGCUGUAUGGAUGCACUAUGUUGUUCCCAAUGAUCAUGGUCCAGCUCCUCAGAGACGUUCACACUAUUGCCACCUCGCUUUGUUUCCUGCAGAUUUACAGCGUUCACUCUUAUUCAACUAUUGAGUAUUUAACCCUGACCGUCAUGUCAUAUGACCGAUACCUGGCCAUCUGUCAUCCUUUGCAGUAUCACACACUUAUGACCAACAACAGGAUCGCCACGUUAAUCGCUGUACCGUGGUUUUACGGUUUUCUUAUAGUUCUUAUCACGAUUUCUGUGAGUUCGUCUUUACAGCUGUGUGGAAACAUCAUUCACAAAGUCUACUGUGAUAAUUACUCUGUUGUGAAGUUGGCCUGUUCCAACACUUCUGCAUUUAACAUUUAUGGACUCUUCAUCAGUUUUGCCACCAUAGGAAUUCCAUGUCUUAUAUUCAUCUACACCUACAUGAGGAUCCUUAAAGUGUGUUUUUCUGGAUCUAAACAGACCAGACAUAAAGCGGUCACCACCUGUACACCUCACCUGGCUUCAGUCAUUAACUUCGGCAUCGGAGGCGGCUUCGAGUUAAUACAGAGCAGGUUUAAUAUGAACCACGUCCCCAACAUACUGAGAAUAUUACUGUCGCUAUAUUUUUUCGUCAUUCAGCCAUUCUUUAACCCUUUAAUGUACGGGUUGAAAAUCUCCAAAAUCAGAAUCCUGUGUAAGAGUUUACUGUUCGCUAAAAUGUAA